UCUGACGCAUCGUCAGACGUCACCCAACUCGACCCCACCGAUUUCGCUGAAUACUUCCGCGAGCGGGAUGGUCGACUAUUCCAUUCUCAUGGUAGCUCCCCGUAUCCGCUUCCUGUGGAUGCAAGGGAGCAGGAAAGGGUCAACGGACAGCACGAGCUCCUGCGCCAGCUACUGGGCAGCAACUAUCUAGGCCCAGUCCGACAGGUGGUGAGGAGACAGAAGCGUGUCUUAGAUCUCUGCACGGGUACGGGUCGCUGGGUUCUCGAUAUGGCGGACGAAUUUCCAAACGUUCGCUUCGACGGAAUAGACAUCGUGCCCAUCGCCACACGUACCCCUCCCGACAAUGUUUUCAUCGAGAUGGCCGAUGUCAACGAGCCGUGGCGUUAUCACAAUGGCACGUUCGACCUCGUGCACGCCCGCUCGGUCUCGUUGGCAAUGCGCGACUAUCCAGGGAUGCUCGACCAGGCUGCGCGCGUGCUCCGCUCGGGUGGGCUCUUCCUCGCGUGCGAGUGGGGCCGCUUCGUCGUCAUGCGCGACGGGCGCGAUCUUGCCGCGGCGGCGCCCGCGACGUGUCGCUUCUUCGAGGCUGUCGGGGCCGCGCUUGCCGCACGCGGCGUCGUGCCUGUCGCAGAGUACCUCGAGCGCUCUGUCCACGACUGCGGCCGGUUCGAGCGCGUCGAGGCGCGUUGCUUCGAGGUGCCCAUCGGCGAUUGGGACCCUGCACGCGCGCUGCUCGGCGUCGGCAACCGGGGGUUCCUUGCCAUGUACGUCGAGUCGCUCCGGGCACUACUGGUGGAAUCAGGGAGGCACGCUGCAGAUGUGGAGGCUCUCAUCCGCGAUGUACAGCGCGAGCUGCAGACCGUGCGCGGGAUGUCGGCCUUCUACUUUACUGUGCAUGCACGUCGCAUU